UUCCUCUCGAGUGCAACAAAAAGAAAAGAGAGAGAGACAGAAAGAGGACCGCAAAGCAGACGCGCGCGCAGACACACAGUGUGCGCUCACCCUUCUGCGGCCGCAUUCUUUCUUCCUUUCUUUCUUUCUUUCUUCCUUUCUUUCUUUUAUUUCUUUAUUUAAAGAGCGCGAGACGCAGGCAGGUGCACCGGGACCCGGAUACAUAUAUGCUGCGCGCAGAACCGGGACACGCGCCGGAGUGAGGAGAAAACCAGCGGAGGUGAACGUGGAGAAUCUGGAUUUUAAAUCGGGACACAGGAACAAGGAAUAGAGAAGGUCGUGUUGACGGUGGACGUACAACCCGUUUUUGUCUCUAGAAGGUUUUAUGACGGAACGUGAUUUCUUCCUUUCAGAAGUGCUAAAAGGAAAUUUCCAACAUGAACACAGGUAGUGAAAGUCAUUUUCAGACUCUGAUGCCUGGCGGUCACGCUCUAUGACGGACGGAUUGAGGAACGGUGACGCGAGCAGCUCCACUCUGACUGCUAAAGGCUACAGAAGCGUUCAUCCCAACCUGCAGGACAAGAGCAGCCCUGUCCCGGUUCCGCUCCCACCCCCUCGGAGAGAGAGCUAUCACAUGACCCCAAACCCUCCACCUUACAGCUCCAUCGUUCCCUCUGGAUCUUACGCCAUCCAAUCCAACUCCUCGUACUUGUAUUCUGAAACCGCUCGCACUACCAGCUCAGAGAUCGCCCAAGAUAUUGUUAAUGCUAAUGCUAACAGCUUUAUUAGCCAGCUCCUGGAGCGCAAGGUGCCGCUUCUGAAACUCGCUAAUGAAGGAUCCACUGCUAACACUAAAGAUGUAAGCAGCGAUACUAACAUGUAUCAACCGUGGGCUAAUACUAACACAGUGAAGGUCAUAAACCCUGGUUCGACCGAUGAUAUUCCGCCAUCCCCACCACCGCGUACACACUCCAAAUCCCCUGCUACGACACACACAGCCUCUCUCUCCAUUCGGAUAGCUCCUAAGGGCUCAGAAUACCGUUCCCAAUCUGGACUUCGAGCUGGAUUUGGAUCCCAAAGCCAGGAUCCUGCUGAGCCAAGCCCCAAAGUGCCACCCAGACCUGCAGGCGAUGAGGCGGGUGAAAUGGCGAUUAAUGGAAGUGCCCACUCACAGAGGUCAUUUUCUCCUCCAUCACAACGUCCUCCUCCACCCAUCUUUAGUCCUGGACUCGAGCAUUUACAGCAGACAAGACACUCAGGUUCAGAGUCAGUACAGAGGGAGUCGGUGUCAGUAGGUGAGAGGUCGUUCAGCAGUGUGACUCCUGUGGCUCGUUUCUCAGAGGAGGAAAAGAAAGUUUCAGUGAUCAAGGCACCUCAUUAUCAGGGCAUCGGGCCAGUGGACGAGUCGGGCCUCCCCCUUGCUAUCCGCACGACUGUAGACAGGCCUAAGGACUGGUACAAGACCAUGUUUAAACAAAUCCAUACGGUGCAUAAACCAGAUGAUGACUAUGCAGACACAUACGGUGCUACUUAUGCUGUGGGGAAUAACGAGAACUUCGACCCCGUCCACGCCCACCCACCGCCUCGGACACACACCUACCGGCCCCUGUCUCGCAACUCCAACGAGCCUGGCAGAGCUCCGCCCCCUCGAGAGACGAGUCCCGUACCACCGCCACCCCCACCCAUGCCCUCGCUCCUGCAGCUACGCUCACGAGAUCUCGAUCGUGAGAAAGAGCUCCCGCACGAUCCAAACGAAUGGAGCCCCCCGGAUCGUAAGGUGGACACGCGGCGGUAUCGUGCGGAGCCGCGCAGCAUCUUCGAGUACGAACCGGGCAAAUCCUCCAUCCUGGAGCACGAGCGACCGGGUUUUGCGUUAGAAGCAGAUGAGAUAGAUUUAGAGAACGAGCCGUGGUUUAAGUUCUUUUCAGAGCUGGAGUUCGGCCGGCCGCCUCCCAAAAAGAGGCUGGAUUACACGCCUGACUGCUCCACCCACCCCAGCACACAGACGUCUCUCUAUCUCUCAUCCUCCGAACGGCCUGAGAGCACCUCCAGCAGUGACUACAGGAAGAGACGAAAAUCGGAGCCGUUUGUCACUCAGCAGAGCACAGGAAAUGAGCAGAAUGCUGGUCCAGCCUCGAGACUUCAACCUUACAAAUCCAACAGUUUGAAGAAGCCUGCUGUACGUUCCUCACCUUCCUCUCCAGCAAAAGCAAAAGCUGGAGGCACUUGUGAGUCUCUCUCUCCAUCAGUGAGCUCCCCAGGUAUGGACCCAGUGUCCUCUCACCUCUCAUCUGACACCCUCUCCUUGUCCACAUCCACCCUGCGCAGUUCCAAACAAUCUAUCAGCUUUAAGAAUGGUUGGCAGGUGUGCCAGAAGGACAGCCCUGAAACCUGGAGCAGUGUGGAAGAUGAGGAAGCGGGAGCGUCCUCGCCUCAUCUCAAGUCUCGCAGUUGUGAUAACUUACUCUCAGACAGUAGCGUUGGAAUGAACGGAAACCAUUCAGAAAGCAUCGGAUCACUGCUUGGUGAUGGUGGGACACGCCAACCACAGGCACAAGCAAAGAGUCUCAAUUCGUCCCCCAGAGCACGUCGGCAUCACCGGCGCAAAAUGGCCCACGAUACUCCAGGAUUCCUUCAGCUUUACAAGACGAUGCAUCACAUCGAUCGGGCACAGCUUUUGCCCUCAGAAGUGAUCUGUUCUGUCCGUGCCCGCAUCCUGGAACUGGAGAGACAACAGCAGCAGCAGAGGAAAAGCCUGGAUUCAUGGGCACCAUUAGGCCAGGAAGUACCACAGAGCAUGGUGCCAAAUCGGAUCUCAGAGUAUGAGCAGAUGAUCCAAAAGUCAAAAUCCAUGCCAGACCUGGGCGAAGAUAACACUCAAUCAGGCACCACCACGCCAGGGUCUUCUCGAGCCAGCAGUUGCCCCAAGCGUCGCUUCUCAGUUGAAUCUCUUCUAGAGGAGGAGGACCCUCCAGAAAGGGCAAGAAGUCCCCCAGAAGGCCAACCACGGCCAGGUCCAGAAGAUCGAAGCCUUGUUCCGGUUGUCAGACAGAACCUACACAAACAGCAAGACUACUCAGACAGUGAGCAGGAUGCUUGCACCUCCGAAUUGAGUGACUUUAUUCAGAUAGAAGGGUCUUCAUUUUGUAGUGAGAGCGACUUAGACCACUGCUCACUAACGUCAUCGGAGAGCUUCUGUGGUUCUGGACAUCAUCACCACCAUCACCACCACCACCAUCACCAUGGACGCCGUCACCACAGCAGCCACCACCACCAUCUCCACCAGAGUCUGGGUCAGAGUCAAGGUUACCACCACCGCCACCUCAUCAGCUCUUGUAAGGGCCGUUGCCCGGCAUCCUACACCCGCUUCACCACUAUGCUUAAGCAUGAGAGAGCACAGCAAGAGAGCCACACAUCUAUCACCCCUCCACUGGCUCAGCAAUCACCCAGCCUUUCCAAGCUGGCCUUCCUGGUUAGCCCGGUGCCUUUCCGCAAGAAGCGGGGUUCCUCACCAACCCAGCAGCACUAUAGUCGCUCGGGCCACCACAAAUCAAAGGCAGCCAUGUAUGAGGCUUUAGACGCUGCCCUUCAAGACAUUUAUGACCACUUAAGGGCUGAGAAAGGGCUUGGAGCUGCUCGGUUGCCGGAUGACAGCAUUUUGCGUCGGCUCCUGCAGGAGUUGCUCCCAGAAGUUCCCGAAAGGAGCUCAUCACUGCGGGGCCGGCGGGGGACUUGCUCCCCUUCCUCCUCCCACCACUACCAGCCUUACCACAGUGCCUCCUACCAGCAGCCGCACCACGCAGAUGCCUCCAACAACAACCAGCACACUAAUGCUAGCUCUAACGCACACUACUAUUCAGAUCAGGGCACUGACGCUGGUUGCAUCACACCUCAGAACAGAAAACCUACUCCGGAACGAGAGAGACAGUCUGCCAGGGCUAUUUACGAUUUUAAAGCUCAGUCCAGCAAAGAGCUCUCGUUUAAAAAGGGUGAUGCAAUCAACAUCGUCAGGCAGAUCGACAGCAACUGGUACGAGGGAGAGCACAGGGGGCGCAUUGGGAUUUUCCCUAUCUCUUAUGUCGAGAGGGUCAUAUCUAAUGAGAGGAAGCAGCCGGUGCGUCCUCCUCCUCCAGCCCAGCUCAGGGAGAUGGGCGAGGCUGUGGCUCGCUACAACUUCAACGCCGACACAAACGUGGAGCUUUCGCUCCGGAAGGGUGAGAAAGUGAUCUUGCUAAGAAAAGUUGAUAAGAACUGGUAUGAAGGCAGAAUCACAGGCUCCAAUAAGCAGGGGAUUUUCCCUGUCUCCUACGUUGAUCUCAUCAAGACCUCCCCUUCUAAAAGUCCUGGUCACCGUGGAGACUCCUACAGGGUGCAAAAGAGGAUGAUGCAGGAAUCCCAGCACGGAGCAGGAGAGCCGUUCCAGGCCGUAUUUAACUAUGUGCCCCGGAACGAGGACGAGCUGGAGCUGCGAGAGGGGGACGUGGUGGAUGUGGUGGAGAAGUGCGAUGACGGCUGGUUCGUAGGAACGUCUCGUAAGAGCCGGCAGUUCGGAACCUUCCCAGGAAACUACGUUAAGAGUCUUUAAUGAAGAAUUGCGGCACGAGAAAUGAGGCCCAGCAUGGAAGCCUGAGCGUGAUUGUGUGUGUGUGUGUGUGUAUGAAUGUGUGUUCUCAUGCAAAAACUGUUGUAGCACUCACUAGCCAUCUCUAGCCAACACAUCCUUGUUCUCCUCACGCCCUUUAUGAGGAGCUUCUGCACUUCACUCCACUCACCGUAUUUAUUAGCCGUAACAUUUUUAAUAAUAAAGUAAUAGUUUUGUUUUCUGGGGAGGAGUCUCUGAGAACAAGAUGAGCUCUGAUUGGUUGAGAGGAAUGAGGUUACUAAGUAACCCCAUCAUAUGGAAAUGGAACGGAUCGGAAAAUAUUUACAUCGGAUUUACACUCUUUUUUGACGUCUUUUUGACGUCAUUACAUGGUUUCUUGUGAUUUGUGGGCGUGGCCUCGUCACAAUUAUAAACACCAAACUUAUAUACAUAAAUCGCGGCAUACAAAACGCACAUGUAACCCUUUUAUAGCGUACAACUCACGUAGGUGUUCAUAUUUCAAUUGUUCACUUCGUGCAUCACGAAAUGUUUUAUUUUUUUUUGCUAAUUUGAUUUCAAUCUGGAGGUGGAGCAAGUAAAAAAAAGCAUGCGAUUGAGAAAAAAACUGUUAUAAUUGAAAACAAAAAAUACGUACUUGUUUUUCGGGGACCUUCAAACCCUUAAGACUACGUCCUCAUCCGCGGGUGUAAACACGGACCUUUUACUUUGUUGUUAUCGUAAAACCAACGAAUCGGCUUCAGAGCGCAAGCAAGGCUAGUAUGUUAGCCGAGACUAGCUAGGACAGUUUCGCUAUGGAUGGUUACAGUAUGCACAAUUGCUAAGCUGUAUAUAUACAUUUUUUAUUUAUCUUUUCUUAGCCAAAAAACACUCAGAUCUCGGCAUGUUUCCUGCGGAGACGACGUUCCAUUCUUUUCUACGAACGAUAUGAUUACAACGCAUACUUAGGCAUUGUCAUUUGAAUACUUCCUUCGCCAUAGUUUACCUGCUCAAAAAUUUUCGAUCUAUAAAUUCUGAACAUCGCCACUCGCUGUCCCAGAUCACUCUUACUUGCAAAAGUUGUAGCGGGUCCGGGGUUAGCGACAUCGUCUUCGCGUCCCCGAAGUGUUUGAUGGGAAAUAAAAAACUCAGGAGUGAAAGAUGUUACUGCACAAGCAAUAAAUAACUUGUCUUUUCCGUCCACAACAGCAGCCAGAAUGAAGUUCGCAAAGUAUUUCAGCGAGUGUGUACAAAACAGAGUUGAUGAUGAUGAUGAUGAAAUGAUGAUGAAUCUACACUAAGUUUGUGCCACUUGUCACUCUCACUUUUUGUUUCGUUCAUGACUUUGUAAGGACACGACCUCACAGGAGGCUUUUUUUUCAUUUUGACCGACCGUGAUGUUUUAUAUUCCUUUCAGUUUUCUAGUUACGGCGGAUUAUCGUUAUGGAGUGACGAGUGACAAAAGUAGUCGCACCUUCGUUUUCAUAAACCUCACCUUUUGCCUGUUUUUUGUUGGAUUGUUUGUUUGUAUGUUAACGAAAAAAGUCCACUUGCUUUAUAAAGUCACUUUGCUCACACACAUUGCUUUGGGUUUCAUUUCGUUUCCACUCAAAUUCAGUUUAAAAGGAUUCGAGUGUUUUCCAAAAGCAAAUUUUUCAGACCCCAAAUGAACAAGUCAGAGCGACGUGUAGGAGAAAUGCUACCUGAGACGACAUGAGGAUGAAACUGUGACCUGGAAAAUGGAACCCGUGCUCUUCUGGGUGACCAAAAAUCAUCUCCAAACAAAUAUUAAGUGUAAGGACACUUAAGUAUAAAUUCUACACUCUAUGGACAAAAGUAUUGGGACACCUGACUUUUCUAGCGAUAUCUCGUCCUUCUUCAAACGUCUCCCACAAACUUGUGCACAAUUGUAUAGGAUGUAUCAUGAAAUUUUUCCUUCACAUAACCCAGUAGAUCCAUACUUGUUUCUUGUGCAAACAAGCCAUGAACCAUGGGGUGAAUUGACUGCACUCCAGGAACCUCCUCAACUCAUCUACAUUAGUACCUGAAUCUGCACAAAAUCUAGUAGAACAUCUUCUCAGAGGAGUGAAGGUCAUUAUAGGGGCAAAUUUAUAAUGGGAUGUUAAAAAAAAAAGCAUAGAACAAUAUAAUGCUCAGGUGUUCACAGACAUUUUUUCCAUACAGUGUAUCUAUAUAAGUUAGAUUAUGAAGGUACCCUGGGUAAUGUUUAGUAUAUACAGUAUUUACCUGAUGGUUUCAUGAGCUUUCUUGAGUAGAACCAUCCUACAUGCUUUUUUAUAAAAUUUUCAAAGAUCCAGUUUUUUCAGCUUCAUCAUGUUUCAGAGAGCUGUACAUGACGGUAAAUAGAAAAUGUGACUGACCUGAGAUCAGUAUCUCUAUCUUUCACAAUACUGUCAGGUUGUUAUAAUUUGUACUGAAGAUGUAAACUCUGGAAAAAUCAGCACACGUAUUGUCUCCAGCGUUGCCAGAAUGGGCCAAAAUAUUCCUACUUGUCUAUAAAAUAUAUGCAAAAAUGUGUACAGCUUUACUACAAUUAGGAGGCUGAAAGGGGACAAGAUGGUUUUUGGGGACAUGUCCAAUCUUGUACACCUUGAACUUUUUAGGGGAUGUGCGGUCACAUCCUGUCUUUAGUUUUUGUUUAAUUAGAUGGAAACUUUGAGUAUCUAAUAAACUCCUCUGUGUUCAA